CAAGUUGUCUCUUUUAUUUAUUUCUCCGAUCAUCUUUUCUCUGCUGAAGAUAGUUGAGAGAAGAACCUCGAAAGAUGAGAUCUUUAUUGGUUUUUAGAAAAAUCCCUUCACGGAUUCGUCUUCGUAACUUGAGAAACAAUAAACCCUUUUGUUCACAGUCUCAGUUUCCCAAAGAAUCUGAGAAUCCAAGUCAAGAGCAGAGACUACUAGUUUACGGAUCCACUUCUGAAGAAAACCCAGUUACCUCCAAAGUGAGUCUUUUGUCUGCGAAGCCUGAACAGAAGGACGAUGCAUCUGUAAUCGAUGUUCUUCUCAAUCGCAGGAACAACCCAGAAGCUGCUCUUCGUUUCUAUAAUUGGGCUAGACCAUGGCGUGGAAGUUUUGAAGAUGGUGACGUCUUCUGGGUACUCAUUCAUAUUCUGGUCAGUUCUCCUGAGACCUAUGGACGUGCAAGUGAUUUGCUCAUACGGUACGUUUCUACGAGCAAUCCAACUCCAAUGGCAAGUGUUUUGGUCAGUAAAUUGGUGGAUUCGGCGAAAUCAUUUGGGUUUGAAGUCAAUUCACGAGCUUUUAAUUACUUAUUGAAUGCUUAUUCUAAAGAUAGGCAAACGGAUCAUGCGGUGGAUAUCGUCAACCAGAUGUUGGAACUAGAUGUGAUUCCAUUUUUUCCAUAUGUGAAUAGGACCUUGAGUGCUUUAGUUCAAAGGAAUUCGUUAACUGAAGCUAAGGAACUCUACAGUAGGAUGGUUGCCAUUGGUGUUGAUGGUGAUAAUGUAACAACGCAAUUGUUAAUGAGAGCUAGUUUGAGAGAAGAAAAGCCUGCGGAGGCUUUGGAGGUUUUAAGUAGAGCUAUUGAGAGAGGAGCAGAACCGGAUAGUUUACUGUAUAGUCUUGCUGUUCAGGCUUGUUGCAAGACGCUUGAUUUGGCUAUGGCUAAUAGUUUAUUGAGAGAGAUGAAGGAGAAGAAGUUGUGUGUCCCGUCGCAGGAAACUUAUACUUCUGUGAUUUUGGCUUCUGUGAAGCAAGGUAAUAUGGAUGAUGCAAUUAGAUUGAAGGAUGAGAUGUUGAGUGAUGGGAUAUCGAUGAAUGUAGUUGCUGCGACGAGUCUGAUCACGGGACACUGCAAGAACAAUGACUUGGUUAGUGCUUUGGUUUUGUUUGAUAAGAUGGAAAAGGAAGGCCCCUCUCCGAACAGCGUUACUUUUUCGGUUCUGAUAGAAUGGUUUCGUAAGAACGGGGAAAUGGAAAAGGCGCUUGAAUUUUACAAGAAAAUGGAAGUCUUAGGUCUUACUCCUUCUGUCUUUCAUGUCCACACGAUAAUUCAAGGGUGGUUGAAAGGUCAGAAACAUGAAGAGGCACUGAAACUCUUUGACGAGUCUUUUGAAACCGGUCUUGCAAACGUGUUUGUAUGUAACACUAUAUUAUCCUGGUUAUGCAAGCAAGGUAAGACAGACGAAGCUACAGAGUUAUUAAGCAAGAUGGAAAGUAGAGGUAUUGGACCGAAUGUAGUUUCUUACAAUAACGUGAUGCUUGGCCACUGCAGACAGAAAAACAUGGACUUGGCUCGUAUUGUUUUUUCAAAUAUACUGGAAAAGGGUCUAAAGCCGAAUAACUACACGUAUUCCAUUCUGAUUGAUGGAUGUUUCAGGAAUCAUGAUGAACAAAACGCUUUGGAAGUCGUCAAUCAUAUGACUUCUUCCAAUAUUGAAGUCAACGGGGUUGUAUACCAAACAAUUAUCAAUGGUUUAUGCAAAGUUGGUCAGACAUCCAAAGCAAGAGAAUUGUUGGCAAAUAUGAUCGAAGAAAAACGGUUAUGUGUUAGUUGCAUGAGUUACAAUAGCAUUAUAGAUGGAUUUUUCAAAGAGGGUGAAAUGGAUUCUGCGGUUGCAGCAUACGAAGAGAUGUGUGGCAAUGGUAUUUCUCCAAACGUCAUAACUUAUACCAGCUUGAUGAAUGGGUUAUGCAAAAAUAACAGAAUGGAUCAAGCAUUGGAAAUGAGAGACGAAAUGAAGAACAAAGGUGUCAAACUCGAUAUUCCAGCCUAUGGUGCUCUUAUCGAUGGGUUCUGCAAAAGGAGUAACAUGGAAAGCGCAUCUGCUCUGUUCUCUGAACUCCUUGAAGAAGGAUUGAAUCCAAGCCAACCUAUAUACAACAGCUUGAUUUCUGGAUUUCGUAAUCUGGGAAACAUGGUAGCAGCCCUUGAUUUGUACAAGAAAAUGUUGAAAGACGGUCUACGAUGUGAUCUGGGUACAUAUACAACACUGAUUGAUGGAUUGUUGAAAGAUGGAAAUUUGAUCCUGGCCUCUGAGUUGUACACAGAAAUGCAGGCGGUGGGUCUUGUCCCUGAUGAAAUCAUUUACACAGUAAUUGUAAACGGUCUUAGCAAGAAGGGGCAGUUUGUAAAAGUGGUUAAGAUGUUUGAGGAGAUGAAGAAGAAUAAUGUCACUCCGAAUGUCCUUAUCUACAACGCGGUGAUUGCCGGACAUUAUAGAGAAGGAAAUCUCGAUGAGGCUUUUAGACUUCACGAUGAGAUGCUUGACAAGGGUAUUUUACCCGAUGGUGCUACAUUUGAUAUUCUAGUUAGUGGGCAAGUCGGAAACCUCCAACCUGUACGUGCAGCAAGUUUGUAGUCUGCCAAAACCAGACCACAUUAUUGACUGAUGACUUAGCUUUGGCUUUUCGUGAGACCCCGAUAAUAUGACUGCUUAAGGUUCCAGUUUUUCAAGGUCUUCUGAGGCAUCUAUGUUGGUGGGUGAUGAAACCAGUGCACUGAGUCCUUAUUAAACUCUUCAUAUGAUUCUUCUAGCAUAUCGUCUGCUCGAGUAAGGCUACUCCAUGUGAACUGGAACAGGAAAACACAAAGCCCUUUUGAAAUCUGCCAGAUUCAAAACCCAGAAAGGAACCUGCAACUGACACAGAGAAUAAUAUCCACCGGUUAGCCUGCGAGGUUAUAGUUAUCGGAACCGUUAAGUUACAAGAUUCGGAUUAUCUUUUUAUUUGUCUGUCUUUUGCCUGCUUCUGAGAUCAACUUUGCUCAUAAAUGAUGGUUUUGGGUUAAUCAGUUUAUAGCUUGGUCUAAGACUCUUAGUUGCUACUGCCCACUGGUGGUGAUGUGCUUUUAGCUUUUUUAUGUGCAAAUUCUUCGUGAUGAUAACCACGUUUGGUAUAUAAUUCGAGUUGAAGUUAGAACAAACACUUCCAAUAUUUCUCACUCAUUAAGGAAAGAAUCAAAUUUUAUCCUUGUAUACAAUAAUCAGAUAGAGUAAAAAUAUAUAUUAGUUAAGAGAGUGUAGAACGAUCCUAUGGAUCAAAACAAUUGGACAUGGAGGAAGAGGAACUUGUCAUGCUGAUAAAAGGGAAUCCUGAUGAUGCUGCAACUGUCUUCAGAGGUUUCAUGGUUGCCAUGGGUAAAAAUAUCGAUGAUUGCUUACCGUAUAAACCCAUCGUGGACCGAUUGAUACCCUUAUAGUAAUCGCCUGUUGUCAACUUUAUACUUUCCGAUGAUGAUGAAAUUCCGAGACUUAGUUCAAGAUCAUUGUGACCAUUUCCUAUAAAAAUGACAAUGUUAAUGGAUAAGUUGCUCAAAUGGAGAGUGCUAAAAAUUUUAUGAAAAGGUUAGCUAGCUUCCUUGAUCAGAUUUAAAGUAUAUGUAAAAUUUGUGGUUAGUGUUAUAUAUAGAUUGGCAAUGUUCACUUAAAUUUAUCAACCAUGCCUUAUAAUAAACUUAGUUACAUUCUGAGUCACACCAUAUUAAUCAAUUACCUUUGAUAUGGGCACCAAACUUCAUGGCUCCUUCUCCCUUUCCCAACUCAUUGUAUUUUAUUGCUGCUGCAUCCCAUCCCCU